AACGUACUUCCGAAAAUUCAUCUGACAGUUAAAACAGCUGUGAUAGUUUUAAUUUUCUUCGUUAAUUUGAGGAAGUGUUUAAAAAGAUUCUUAAUCUAUGUUAAAGUUUUAAAUACGAAAUGCCGGUUGAUCAAAUACAAUACUCAGAGCGUUACAACGAUGAUGUCUAUGAAUACAGACACGUCAUCCUCCCUCCCGACAUUGCGAGAUUGGUUCCCAAAUCUCAUCUCAUGACGGAAACAGAAUGGCGCAACCUCGGUGUCCAACAGAGCCCUGGCUGGCUUCAUUUCAUGGUACACAACCCUGAACCUCAUGUACUUUUAUUUAGGAGACCUCGCACAGACAUUCCCCCUCCCGUCAAUGGUCUAGAUGCGACCACUUCUUCAACGGUGAAAGUCUGAGCAUAAAGUUAUUUAUAUAGGCCAUGAUAUUGUAUGAGUUGAUGUAAUAUAAAAUAUUAACACAGAUUGUAAGAGGAAGUAUAACUUAUUUAUAUUAAAUAUUUAAGAAUUAUAUACAGAAAAUACAUAGACAUUAAAAUUCUUUUAUUGAGUGAAUGACAUUUGUUUCACCUUACAGCUUGAGUAAUCAGUUAAUGAUAUUAUUGCUAUUCACUGAAACAAAGAGGAUUGUAUAGAAACUAAAAAUAACCAGUUUUUAUUUUUAACUAAUUAUUUUUCAACAUCAAGAAAUUUCCUUUCAUUAUGUUUCAUCAGGUCUAGUAGUACUAAAAAUUUGUUUAUUACUAAUGUGUUUAACCGACUUGAUAUAUGACGUAUUUUGAGGUAAAGUUGCUGUUGUCGCUGUUUUCUACAGAGUAUAUAAAAUGCUUCAUAAUGCGAGGUCUCCCUUAACAUGGCUAUAAUUAUUGUCUAAGACCUGAACACUUGAGGUGUCGUGGCGUCGGAAUGAGGAGUGUUUGAUCGUAUGUGAAUGAAUGUUCAUUAUAUUUACUGCGGAGCUUCAAAACUAUAUUGUUAAUAAAUAUUUUAUAUAAUUUAAAUAAA